CUUUCCCGGGACACGCUCCGCCCACCCUCCCUGUCCGCGCUCCGUCCCGCCCACCCUCGCUGCGCCGGCCUCUUCCCACCAGCUCGGAGCUGCAGGCCACGGCCGAGGGGCGGGGCGGGGCGGCCGGGAGGAACCGCGUUGAGGAGCGGGAGGGAGAUCCGCCGCGGAGUUACGUGAAAGUUGGUUCGAGUUUCCCGGUGUGAUCCCUUGCGUUCGGCCGGCUGCUCCCGGGCUCCUUUCCUCCCUACGGCCUUCACGGUCCAUUCGGCCCUUCUUUCUGCCACCGGCCGCCAUGGAGCAGCCGCCGGCGUCCAAGAGUAAGCUAAAAAAGCUGAGUGAAGACAGUUUGACUAAGCAGCCUGAAGAAGUUUUUGAUGUACUGGAGAAGCUUGGAGAAGGGUCUUAUGGAAGUGUUUUUAAAGCAAUACAUAAGGAAUCUGGUCAAGUGGUUGCAAUUAAGCAAGUACCUGUUGAGUCAGAUCUUCAGGAAAUAAUCAAAGAAAUUUCCAUAAUGCAACAAUGUGACAGUCCAUAUGUUGUGAAGUACUAUGGCAGUUACUUUAAGAACACAGACCUCUGGAUUGUUAUGGAGUACUGUGGAGCGGGGUCCGUUUCAGACAUAAUUAGAUUGCGAAACAAGACAUUAACAGAAGAUGAAAUUGCAACUAUUCUAAAAUCCACAUUGAAAGGAUUAGAAUAUUUGCAUUUUAUGAGGAAAAUACACAGAGAUAUAAAAGCCGGGAAUAUUCUCCUCAAUACAGAAGGACAUGCAAAGCUUGCAGAUUUUGGAGUGGCUGGCCAGUUAACAGAUACAAUGGCAAAACGCAACACUGUAAUAGGAACCCCAUUUUGGAUGGCUCCUGAGGUAAUUCAAGAAAUAGGUUACAACUGUGUGGCUGACAUCUGGUCCCUUGGCAUUACUUCUAUAGAAAUGGCAGAAGGAAAACCUCCUUAUGCUGAUAUACAUCCGAUGAGGGCUAUUUUUAUGAUCCCUACAAACCCACCACCAACAUUCAGGAAACCUGAACUUUGGUCUGAUGACUUCACCGAUUUUGUGAAGAAGUGCUUGGUGAAGAGUCCUGAGCAGAGAGCCACUGCGACACAGCUGUUACAGCAUCCUUUUAUCAAGAAUGCAAAACCCGUGUCGAUAUUAAGAGACCUGAUCGCAGAAGCCAUGGAAAUCAAAGCCAAACGGCAUGAAGAGCAGCAGCGGGAGCUAGAGGAGGAGGAAGAAAACUCGGAUGAAGAUGAGCUGGAUUCACACACUAUGGUGAAGACGAGUUCAGAAAGCGUGGGCACAAUGCGGGCCACCAGCACGAUGAGUGAAGGAGCCCAGACGAUGAUUGAACAUAACAGCACCAUGUUAGAGUCGGACCUGGGGACCAUGGUUAUAAACAGUGAAGAAGAGGAGGAAGAGGAAGAGGAGGAGGAGGAGGACGGAACUAUGAAAAGAAAUGCAACGUCACCUCAAGUACAAAGACCUUCUUUCAUGGACUACUUUGAUAAGCAGGACUUCAAGAACAAGAGUCAUGAAAAUUGUGAUCAGAGCAUGCGUGAGCCAGGCCCUAUGUCCAACAGUGUUUUUCCUGACAACUGGAGAGUUCCUCAAGAUGGAGACUUUGAUUUCGUCUCUGGGACUCAACUUUCGCCAGAUCUAACUUUAGACAGAUGUUGUAUCUGCUCAUUAUUUUGUGAAAUAGCAGUGCAGCCGGGUUCAUCAAGUAGUUGAUCUGUGGGUCUUAAGCUAGGGCUUCUCCUGUGACUUUCAGGAAUGUACCCACUUGAACAAGACAGCUGAAUGGCCUCUAAAAUUAUCUGUUUAGAUUUCUGGCAGACAUGUUUCAUAAUUUCUUAGGCAGACUCUCCAUUCAAUACCCACAGAUGGUCUCCACAUCAGUAGAAGCGUUUGAAUGCGAUGAGAACAUAGUUGCAGUCCUUUUGACCUUGACAUAGAGUUGUUGAUUUCAGAUAUAGUCAAUAUAGAGUAUCAUCAGAAAUGGUGUUCUUCAUGAAACUCAAGGAGAAUGAAGACUGAAGUGUGGACACUAUGCCCCUCCUUAGAUUUGGGAACAAAACACCCAUGGAAGGAGUUACAGAGACGGAGUUUGGAGCUGAGAUGAAAGGAUGGACCAUGUAGAGACUGCCAUAGCCAGGGAUCCACCCCAUAAUCAGCAUCCAAACGCUGACACCAUUGCAUACACUAGCAAGAUUUUAUUGAAAGGACGCAGAUGUAGCUGUCUCUUGUGAGACUAUGCCGGGGCCCAGCAAACACAGAAGUGGAUGCUCACAGUCAGCUAAUGGAUGGAUCAUAGGGCUCCCAAUGGAGGAGCUAGAGAAAGUAGCCAAGGAGCUAAAGGGAUCUGCAACCCUAUAGGUGGAACAACAUUAUGAGCUAACCAGUACCCCGGAGCUCUUGACUCUAGCUGCAUAUAUAUCAAAAGAUGGCCUAGUCGGCCAUCACUGGAAAGAGAGGCCCAUUGGACUUGCAAACUUUAUAUGCCCCAGUACAGGGGAAUACCAGGGCCAAAAGGGGGGAGUGGGUGGGCAGGGGAGUGGGGGUGGGUGGAUAUGGGGGACUUUUGGUAUAGCAUUGGAAAUGUAAAUGAGUUAAAUACCUAAUAAAAAAUGGAAAAAAAAAAAAAAGAAAUGGUGUUCUUAAGCAAGUCACUGAAAACUACAAGAUACUGUUGAAGAAAGAAAAUAACAACACAUGAAAGACAUUUCCUAUUAAUUUAUUGGAAGAUUUAGAAAGUUAAGAACACUCUGCGAUCUGCACAUUCAUGCACUCUAUCAAAACUAUAACAACACUUUUUGGAAAAGCAUAGCAAUUCAUCAUAAAUUGUAGGACUGAUAGAAAUCAAAUUAGUUUUGACAAGAAAAUAAAAGAAGUAAAGGUCACUUCAGUGAGUUGUGUGGUAUUGACAAGAAGACUGGAGGAUGCACACUGCAGGGCCAACCCUCGUGUGUGUUCAAUAGUCUUCUGACAAGGGGCUGAGACCCCUGUAUUAGUCACAGUGCCCAAGGUAAUUAACUUAAAAUGAGAAUUUUUUUUUACUUGAGCCCACAGUUUUAGAGGUUUCUGAAUAUGAACAGGUAAACCAAAUGUUUUCAACCCUUUCAUGGGUGUGAAAACAUUCAUGCUCCGUGGUGUGCAGGGAGCCAGAGGCAGUAAACUACUCACCUGGAACUAAAAAGCAGAAAAGAAAAACAUGGUGGGUCCCACAGUGCCCUCCUGAGGCGUGCCCUCUGUGGCCUAAGAGCUUGCAAAGUGACAGUUUGUCACUUCCAGUAGUGCCAUGUUUUAACUCAUGGACCUUUGUGUAGUGUCCAGUGUCCAAAACACAACACAUGUGCUGGAGUAGAGGACAGUGACACUGACAGGUGGUGCUGGGAAAGCUGCAUCUGCCCAAGAAAGGGAAGGAAGCUGGCACUUAGCUUGUCCUCUGGACAGAAGCUACCAACGUCAAUCAGAGGUGUAAAUCUCGGGACAGAGAAGUGGGACAAGCUUCCUGUUGCUGGGUUCCCUCCUUUUCUUUUAAUAUGACUGCAAAAGAACAAGUAAUCGAAGAGUGACAAGAUAAACCGGUGCUAUCCAGCUUGAAAAUCUGUGUUAAAGGAAACGACAGCACGGUGAAGAGUCACUCCUAAAACUGGAGAAAAUAGUUUCAAAUUACAUACUUCAUAGUGGGUUAAUGUCUGAAAAUUUUAAUGAACAACUAAAUAGCAACAUGACAAAAAUAUUUCAGAAGUGAAUGGAGGAACUUGUAAAUGCAUUUUUUAAAACUAAAUAUCUCUAUCCUCAGCUAGCUCAUAAACAGGUGAGACUGAGUGAGGCCUUCUAGAUUUAUUUAAUCAGCUUUAUCACAAUUACUGGGCAAAUUACCCCAAUCAUUUUUCCUUAUGCUCGACUGACUAAUUCCCAGCUGCACUCCCUAAGUACUUGCUGAGUUCUGUCUGCUCCAUCACUCUGUCCUCAAGGGCAUAUCACUCAGGCUGCUGCUCAUGGUCCAUCUCUCUCUCUCCUCCCCUCUCCUGUUCCUAUGUCCGUGGUUUGUCAUCAUCUUCUUCUUCUUCUUCUUCUUCUUCUUCUUCUUCUUCUUCUUCUUCUUCUUCUUCUUCUUCCUUCUUCCUUCUUCCUUCUUCCUUCUUCCUCCUUCCUCCUUCCUCCUUCCUCCUUCCUCCUUCCUCCUUCCUCCUUCCUUCCUCCUUCCUCCUUCCUCCUUCCUCCUUCCUCCUUCUUCCUUCUUCCUUCCUUCUUUCUUCUUCCUCCUCCUCUCUCACUCUCUCCUCUCUCUCUCUCUCUCUCCUCUCUCUCCCCUCUCCCCUCCCCUCCUCUCCUUCUCUCCCCUCUCCCCUCUCCUCUCUCUGUCUCUCCCCACCUUCCAUUCCCCACCAUCAACUCCCAUCCUGGUCAAAUAUAUGUGUAUAUAUAAUCUUCUCAGCCUUUUGGCGAUGAUCAAAUAAAUGACUAGUUAUUGAUGAGUUUUCAGUUAAGAUAUUAAAAGUAAAUCAGUGAAAAUAUUGAUAGUUUUCUUCAUAUUUUUCUGCUUCUUUAUUAAACCUCAAACCUGGGGCAUUUACCUUUUCUAUCUUAAUAGACUUCUGAUUUUACAUCUGCCCUGGUACUCGUCCUGUUACACAUACUGUGCUGUUCUCAAUCACAUUGACAAAACUUCUUUUUUAUGAUUAAGAUUAUUAUGUAGGAUUGGCUGAUAGAAGACGACUAUGGAUACUGAAAAAUAAGUUAUAAAGCAUGGACUUGGAAUAAAAUAUUAAUUACAUGUAGCCUAAAAAGCAACAUGCAUCCGUGUGUGAGAUAUUAGGGAAAAUGGUUCAACAGAAGUGGUUGGCUUACUGAACUGACGAGUACUAGUAUCAAAGGUAAAAGUGAAAAUUGAAAAGAUUAAAGUUAAGAGGGAAGUAUAUCUUCAGCUAGACAGAGACUUCAAGGGGUCAUAAUACUAGAGCCAGUUUUUAUAGAGUAAUUUUCUUGCUCACUUGCAGAGUAGGUAGUCUUGAAGAGGAAGUGAGAGAGAGUCUGAGCUAGUUCUGCCCUCCCCGGCCUUUACUGCACCUGUCACCUGGAGCCAUUCCAUCUCCUCAUCACUUAAAGGAAAUGGAAAAUAUUUGUAACAGCCACAGAAGAGAACAUAAGCAGAAUAAAUAAAAGAAGGGUUGCUAAGAGAUGAGUAAAGAAUUGCUAAGUAUCACAGUGAGAGAAGACAGCGUGUGACAGUGGCAAGAGGAAGAAGCAUAGGUGGGCCUUGUGUAUGGUUUGGUAGGAUGCUUUGCUCAGUGUAAGGGAGUAACCUGAAGGCAAUGUAGAUUCCACCUGACACCUACUGUUGAUCACAGGGAAAUCUGGUUGUACUUCUUCCCUUCCCGCUCUCAUACAGAAUGUUCAAGCAUGUGGCUCAUCGGUGUGUGAAUGUGCUAAGGAGCCUGUGGCCUCUCUCAAUGGCAUAUUUCAAGGCUGCUUUCCGAAAGAGAACUGAAUUGUGUAGGUUCCUUUGUUUGAUAGAAGUUGCUUAAAAUAAGCCAAAGUUAUUUUGUCCAGUUUUUCAAGACAUAGAAAUUCUGUUUAUCCUUCUGUCUUUUCACAAGAGAGAAUAUUUAAUCGUCUUGAGAUAUCUAGAGCAGAUUCCUAAAGGCAAGGCUUAUCCAGAAAGUCACCUGCUAUGCAGAUGCUCAGACUCAAAAGCAUUGUUUUUUAUCUUAAAGUCUAUAUGCACUGUAAUUUAUAUAUUUUCUUUAAAAUUUUUAGCACUUGUGAAUUGUUUCGUUAUGUUCUUGAUUUAGCAGUAGAAUUUAUGGCAACAUUUGAACAUUGGAAAGUUACCAUAUAAAGAUAGGAGAUAAAAUAUAUUUGGGCCAGUUAGCUUAUUAUUUUAACUCCAUUUUUAAAAAAAGUUGGAGGUUGAGGGGGGCUGUGUUGGGAGUGUGUCUGUGAAGACGCCUAGACCAUAUACAGAAGGCCGAGCGGCUUGCUAAAGCAUGUACAGAGCAUGUACAGAGCAUGUACAGAAGGCCGAGCGGCUGGCUAAAGCAUGUACAGAGCAUGUACAGAGCAUGUACAGAAGGCCGAGCGGCUUGCUAAAGCAUGUACAGAGCAUGUACAGAGCAUGUACAGAGCAUGUACAGAAGGCCGAGCGGCUGGCUAAAGCAUGUACAGAGCAUGUACAGAGCAUGUACAGAAGGCCGAGCGGCUUGCUAAAGCAUGUACAGAGCAUGUACAGAGCAUGUACAGAAGGCCGAGCGGCUUGCUAAAGCAUGUACAGAGCAUGUACAGAAGGCCGAGCGGCUGGCUAAAGCAUGUACAGAGCAUGUACAGAAGGCCGAGCGGCUGGCUAAAGCACUGGUGUGCUGUCUGCGCUUGUCCUUGGCAUCCAGAUGGUUUCAGCGGAGUGCAUGCAGGUCCUGCUUUUCACAGGCCACAGCAGCACAUUUAAGUAGACACAUUUCUGGUAAUGUAAAGACUUUGGAGUAAGAGCAAUUAUUUGGAAACAACCUGUUCCUUUUUUUUUUUUAAGAAAGAGAUUAGAUUGAAAAUAAUUACUAGUACAAGUGGAAUUAGAUAAGUCAACUAUUUUUGGUGUUAGCACAAUAUGAUAAGCUAACAUUUCUUGAUUACUCUGAUUCUUAUAUAUUUAUUUAGUUUGUGUUGUUCUUUUGAGUUAAGGCCUAUAGAAACCCCUGAGGGUAGAUCUAGAAGUUUAAAAACUACAGUAAUUAUGGGCAGAAAACCAGCAGACCCUGUCCUCCAAGUGUAAAGGGGCUGAGAUCUUCCCCAGUCCAACCUCUGAUCCUGAGGUUUGAAAGUUAUAGCAGCAGUUCUCAACCUUUGGCAAGCCUCUGUGUUCAAAAGUAUUUGCAUUACAGUUCAUAACAAUGGCAAAAUUACAGUUAUGGAGUAGCAACAAAAAUAAUUAUAUGGUUGGGGAUCACCACAACAUGAGAAACUGUAUUAAAGUGUUGAAACAUUAGGAAGGCUGAGAACCACUGAGUUACAGAAAAACCAAAUGAAUAAAAUGCAGAAAACAAGAAACCCAGGAAAAGAGUGAGCCCUGAGGUCCUGUGAGCCUGGCUGUGUUUUUCCUGGAGGGUCCUUCACCUUUCCCUGUCAGCAGUGGUGAAGGGAGAGUCAAGAGACAAGUCGACGAACAAGCAAAGCUAGCAGACUUCCAUGUAGGAAGUCUGAGGAGAAAACCUGAGGCAGCCAGGCUUUUACUGCUGCUAUGGCUUUAUCUAAGUGCAGACGACUUUUCUCUUUUAAAGAGAUUGUGGCUAGAAGCUUGUCUUACUCUCAAAGGACUGUUCUUUCAGCUCUUUGGACUGAGGAAACCACUUUAAUUGGGUAUUUAAGCACGUUGUCAUCGAUUAGCCUUGCAUUAAUUAAAUAAUUAUUGUCAACUAUUUCCAGAUGUGUGCAAGAGUAUUAACAGACUAUGGAAAGAUAACUCUAGGUGCUUUAGAUUUAUUUUUUAUGAGGUACAGAAGAAAUAAACUCAUAAGCUCCCCAGUGUUGGGUGAGUUGCUUGAGUGAGUUUAUGAUUACAGGUGCACAUGUGGUGUGAGCCCCACGUAUGUGGCACAUUGGGUACCGCUCACUCGGUCCUUAGAGCGCCAACAGGAAAUUAAAACUAAUGAGAAGCCUGUGCUUCGAAAUGCUUGCAGAGUUCUUGCCUAUUCUUUGCCAGCUCACGAAAUUGCGUUGGCAGUCAUGUCCAGCAGAUGGAGUGGCACGUGCAGGGUUGUGUCAUGUGACUGUCUAGCUCUGUAGGAUCCUUGUACCACUGUGACUGUGCAUCUACUGAGACAUUUAAAAGAAUCAUAGCCUCUUUUGAAAAGAAAAACAGCCUCCUCCAAAGAUGGCGGCCUGAACUGUAAGAAACUGUGAACAGUAGGCAUCAGAACCUAUGGUAAACAUUUGGGGACUGAGUCCGUAGGUUAGACAUUCGGAGCCUCUGAAAACUGCCACUGGGUUCUUAGGUGUAAUUUAAACCAUUUAACCACCUAAGGUAAAACUUCAGCUUUCUUAUUUCUAAAGAUAUUUAAAACAAAGUUUCUGAAAUUUUUAUUUGGUAGUUGUGUCCAGGCAAAAAUCAACUAAAACACUAAGGUAAUUCUGCUUAUUUAGGUAAUUAAUCCUUAAGUUAAAACUCAUUAUGGCAUCAUUUCCUUUACAAAUUCAAGUGAGCAUGCCUGUGCUUAUUGGAUUAAUUAAGAUAGAAGACACAGGUGCAGUGUGUGGUUUCUUGUCACCGUAUUGGAAUUUAUUACAAUGUUUAAAGCAUAUGGCAAAACAAAAAAUGUCCCAUCAAGGAAGUUCUAGAACGCAAAGCUUCUCCUCAUAGCAAAUGUGUUCUUUUUUAAGUGUAAUUUACUUAGAAGAUUGUACUGGGAAGAUUGGCUACUUUACAUUAACAACAAAUAUACUGCUCUUCAAACAUGUGUUUGGGUUAAUGUUUAUGUCUGGAGAAGUCAUUUCGACUCUGAGGCCUUUCUGUUCACAUACUUAAUGUGGAUAUUCAGUCAGUGAGCAUUACGGACUGCUAGAGUGGUUAUAUCAAAAGAUGCUAAUCAAUAGUGAAUUUUAGGAUCAAAAGGUUAGACAAUCUAAUUCAUCAUCUUUUAAUUUAAAACUGGUGCCCCCUAAUGUUUACCUCUUGAAAUAAACCAUGAAAUUUAAAAUAAGAUUUUAAAAUUGACUGAGGGCACCAAGACUGUAUGGAUUUCUGUCUUGAGGUGGAAUAGGAUAUCUUUAGACUCUUUCAUUUUUGAGGUUAUAGUGUCAUUACAUCAAGUCUCCAGCUUCCUUUCUUCUCUCCUCCUCUUGUGUACCCCAAGCCUUGCUCUUUCUUAAAUCCAUGACUUUUUAAAAAUAAUUGUUGCAUAUAUACAUAUGUAUUCAUAAAUAUAGAACUACAAUAUGCUCAGUCCAUAUAUUGUUACUUGUAUGUGUGUGGGAACAGGAUACUUUUUACUUGAAUUGGCAUAAACGAAAAUCCACUUAAAUGCACAAUGAGCUUGCAGGUAAGUGGCUGCCUAACGUGUGUGUGCCAGACGUGUGUCCUUCUCUGCAGCCUAUUGCUUUGCUGUGUGACAGACGUGUGUCCCUCUCUGCAGCCUAUUGCUUUGCUGGCCUGGUUGGACUGUUUGCUACUGACGCUUUCUUUUUCACAGUCUGAUACUAAAUUAACUGACUUUUCCAUUUUCUCUCCUUUCUUCACUCACUAAAUGCAAAACCUUUUAAGGGUUGGAUUCUUCCUGCUGGAUAAUUUUCUAAUAAGUAACACUUUUUUAAUUAUCCCAACUCUAACUGGUCAUCUGAGCAUACACCUCUAUCACUCAGGAAGCUGUUGUAGGAGAAUUGUGAGUUUAAGGCUAGCCUGGGCUAAAUAGGGAGUCUUGUUUCUUUUACAACACUAACUCAAGCCAUCUGACUUCAUAACUGUUCUCAGCAGGAAAACAUUUUCUUCUCAUAAUUGUAGACAGAUUUUAUGACAGCCUCUGCAAAAGGGUGAGAGAUAACUGUGUACUGUAAACCUGAGUAUAUGAGGAGUGGCAUAUUGAUACACUGAUUUAUUUCAUAGGUCUUAGGAAAAACUAUUUUCUUUAUGAAUUAAAUAAUGAGCUUGCUAAAUAUUUAAUUUUUUGAGGAUUUUGAAUAAAAUUAUUAAGUUAUAAUUUUA